AUGGCUUCAUUUGCAGCAAAAUUCAUCAGUAAAAAAUUCCUGGGGGAAUCAGUCUCGAACAAGUUCGGAUCAGAGGACUUGUACUUUGAAACUGUUCCUGCUUCUCGCUUGGACGGUGUGCCAUCAAAAAAGAAGACACAAAAGAGAAGAAAAGCCAUACCUGCUGGCAUAUCAGAAAAAGAUGCAAAGGUUCUUACCAAAGUCAAGCGCCGAGCUUAUAGACUAGACAUGAGUCUCUUCAAUUGUUGUGGAAUUAGAUUUGGAUGGAGCAGUGUCAUAGGUCUCGUUCCUGCUAUUGGAGACGUUAUUGAUUUGUUCAUGGCGCUUAUGGUAUUUCGAACAUGCAGUCAAGUUGAUGGCGGACUUCCAAACAGUGUCAGAUCUAAAAUGAUGUUCAAUAUCGCGCUCGAUUUUGCCGUUGGUCUCAUACCAUUCGCAGGAGAUCUUGUCGAUGCAGUUUUCCGCGCCAAUACUAGAAAUGCGCUCGAGCUUGAAAGACAUUUGCGUGACAAAGGUGCGAAAAUAUUGAAGGCAAGAGGCGAAAGACUACCUGCCGUUGACGUUACCGAUCCGCAUGAAUUCGAUCUUUAUGAUCAGGAACUCUCAGAUGAAGAACCUCCACGAUAUACAUCCAGAGCAAACACGGAGACCGUCAGUCCUCGUGAGCCAGGUGGACGUAAUCGUCACAGUUGGUUCGGAUAUGGCAGUAGCGCACCCGUAGAGCGAACGACACAACCUGAUCCCGAACAAGGACGUCGUGUCAAAAGAUCGGAGCGAACAAGACAGCCCGAAGUCGAUCAAAGUCGACGUGAUAGAACAGACGCGCAAGAUCCUCCACUUCCAGCUCGUCCUCAGAAGGUUAGGAAGAGUGGUAGACGUUAG